AUGCUAACACCAAUUCAAAUGGCAGCGGCUUCUCUGAUCGUCCUAAGCACGUCCGAUGAUGAGAAAGUGGGUGAGAAAGCAGCACAAAAUGAGACAGAUGUUGUGGUGGUGGAGAGCACAGAGGAAAAUCCGAAAAAGAUGAAGAAGAAUGAAAAUGGUGAGAAAAUGUUGAAAAUUCACAACAUUGGUCUUGAUAAGCGCAUUAAAGCAGCUAAUUUAGUACGCGAUGUGAUGGUAAAGAAGAAGGACUUCAAUGACGUGAAACUGAAUGAGGCAAUUAGCAAGAACGAGUCACAGAAUGGGGAGAUAACACCAGUGAAGCCGUUGACAAGCACCAAAAUAGAACCAGAAGAAAGCAAUAAGGACCUAAAACCAGUCAAAAGAGCAACAAAAGCAAAACAACCUGUGAAGAAUGAGACAGCGAAGAUGAAGGUGGUCACAAAGUCAUCAAAACAGGUCAAAAUCAACAAAAUGUGGAAUGGUGAGUUUGUGAAUAAUUUCAUAGCAGGAAGGAAGCUGGGAGUAGUCAGAUACGAAAAGAGCAUUGCAACCAAGAAAAACAAGGAGUUUGGAACCCAGAAUGCCAAGUAUAUGAUUAUUCUGAAGAACAGUGGCAUUGAAAUGGUCUUUUACAUGGAUGAUUCAGACAGGGUUGAACAGCUGUACAAAAAUGUCCUUGGAAAUAAAUCAGGCAAAUUGUUCUACGAAGACAUCGAGUUGCCAAGGAGCCUGACUGCUGAAGAAUGUGGCUUUAUUGAAGGAGUCAACUACAUUCAGACUGACGUAGAGCUGGAGCCAGGAACAACUGAACUGGUGCUAGUGAGAAACACGGCAGAAAAGAAGGAGGAAAUAAAAUUGGAUGGAACUGCCUUGGUCAAGGAGCUGCUGACGGAGAAUGACACACGUCACGUGGUCAAGAAUGGCGUAGUUCUUGAUGGAAAUCUGGUGCUAAACAGCCUCUUUGAACAGGGAGACACCUUUGACCUGGUCAAAUACGAAGAAAUGAAGUAA